AUGAGCCAGAUCGGCCAACAUUUGCAUGCAGCAGGAGCCGACGACAAUUUUGGAGGUGAUGCUGGCAUUAGAGAUGAUGAUGAUGAUGAUGAUGAUUAUGACGACGACGAUGACGAUGAAGAGGGUGGAACAAAGGUAAAAGAGGAAGAGGAUACAUUCAUUGCUCGACAGCCAGUGCAAACAGGAUUGAGAUCAGGGUCAUUAUCCUCACUUCCUCCUGCUCAUUCCUCUGCGGAGCAGGGAGCACGACCCCGACGCAGGAAACCGGAACCAGCUUCAAGGCUGACACUGUCCACCAAUGACCUCAAUCCACCUCAAAUACAACGGGUUGUUGUUGAACAUGUGGUCAGAAAUGCUGAUUUGACUGGUUCAACCUCACUUCGUCUUCGAACUUUUUCUGGACGGCUUCCUAAGCCGAGUAAUGAAGCGGAUUUUGAAUCCUGGCGUUCCCAGAUUGAGUCUCUGCUUGCUGACCCCAGCUUUCCUGCGCUGCAUAUCACCAGAAAAAUUACAGAAAGCUUGUCAUCACCUGCAGCUGACUUGGUCAAAGGUUUGAGCCCCAACACAUUACCAGCGAUUUUGCUAAAUAUACUGGAUUCUGCCUUUGGGACAGUGCAGGACGGUGAAGAACUGUAUGCCCAAUAUUUAAACAUUCUCCAGAAUCCAGGGGAACGACCGUCCAGUUACCUUCAAAGGCUUCUGCUUACUCUUAACACUGUUGUGAAGCAAGGAGGAAUCUCACCUGCAGACAUUAAUAAACAUCUAUUGAAACAGUUUUGUCGUGGGUGCUGGGACAACACUGUCAUAACCAAGUUACAGCUGGAACAAAAGAAAGAUAACCCACCAUCUUUCUCUGAUUUGUUGUUGCUAUUGAGAACAGAAGAAGACAGACAGUAUGCUAAAGAAUCACUUAUGAAAAAGCAUAUGGGCACAUCAAAACAGAAAGUUCAUAUCCAGUCCCAAAGUGCCUGUCCUUGUGGACAUUCUGCACCCAAUGAAGAGCUGAAAGAAAUGAAAAAAGAACUUCAGAAAUUACAGCAGCAAAUGUCUCAACUUCUGUCCAAGAAAAGUUCAACUGAAUUCAAGUCCAUGCCAACACAGAAGAAAUCAUACUCUUCUUCACCUCAGUCAAAAACCAAGCCCAAGCCCUGGUACUGUUUUAAUUGUGGAGAAGAUGGUCAUCUUUCCUCCUCCUGCACAAGUAAAGCAAACCCUAGUCUUGUUGAGCAGAAAAAGAAACUGUUACGCCAAAAGCAGCAAGCAUGGGAUGAAAAGAAUUCAAAAUCUUUAAACUAA